UGUGGCGCAUGCGCAGCGCACGCACAACGCCUCUCAGCUUUUCGGAAUCCGAACGCGGUCGUUGCUGAAUAGUCUCCAUUCCGCUGGUCGGUCGGCACCAUGGUGAAGCUGAGCAAAGAAGCCAAACAGAGGCUGCAGCAGCUCUUUAAGGGCGGCCAGUUUGCCAUCCGCUGGGGCUUUAUUCCUCUCGUGAUUUACCUGGGCUUUACGAGGGGUGCAGAUCCUGGAAUGCCUGAACCAUCAGUGUUAAGGGUUUCUCUACAUAGCUGUGGCUGUCCUGAAAUUGACUAUGUAGACAAGGCUGGGCUUGAACUCAGAGAUCUACCUGCUUCUGUCUUGAGUGCUGAUUAAAGGCAUGUACCAUCACUGCCCAGCUAGGCUUUGAACUUUUGAUCUUCUGCCUCUGCUUCCUGAGUGCUAAGCUAUAGUCUUAAUCCAUCCCACCCAGUUAAAACAUAAGUAAGACAAAUAUAUUAACUAAAAGAAUCAUUUCUAUUAUCUGUAUUAGACCAAGAAAGAUUGUCUUUUUUCUUUAUUUUGUGUUUUCACUCCAGUGAGAAAGAAAUCUUAAUAGGUGAAGAGUUUGUUUUAAUAUUGUAGUUGUAUGUAAAAAUCCUUGUAUUCAGUUAAUAUUUGAUAGAUAAUGGUAAAUUUAUGUUGUGUUUUGUAGGCAUAGAAAGGUCUAAAUGGCCUUUAAAAAUAAACCACAGAACCUCAUUGUCAUUAAGUCACAUUUUUAAUCAGAAUGAGUUAGACAUGAAAUUCUGUUGAUGCUUUAUGUAAUAAGAAUAUACGUUUUUUUUCUUUCUUGGAUCCUGGUGCCCCUCCUUCCCUUUAACAAAUGCUGUGGGAAUUUGUGCCCCUUUGUGAAUUAAGCAUUUUGGGUAAGAGUUAGCAAAAGUGGAAAUAGUGACUAAUUGUUUUCAGUGACGUGGGUAGGCUAAGGUCAAGGCCCUUAGGUCAUAUUUAUUCUCCCGAUUGUGUAGCCAUUUCCAUGUCAGAAUCGUGGUAGCUUAUAAACAGAAAUGGUAACUGCAAUGUGGACUUUCCACAGAAUCUCACUCAUAGAGAGUACUCAGGAAAGGGCUUUUUCUGUUCAUGCUUUAUGUAAUAGCAUUUUAUUUCAGUUCCCUGGUCCUUUUAGUUAAUGAGAAUCAUUGUUUAUCUUUUAAUUGACUUCCUUUUAGAUAGAAACUGAAAUUAUCCCUUUCUCAAGGUAAACCACAUUCAAAAGUAACAACUGUAUUUCUGUAUGUUUGUUCUUGUUUUGUUAUUUUUAAUUUGUCUACUGAUGGAUCCUUGUCCUCUAGUAACUGAGUUUAAAAGGGAAACACAAACAAAUGCCUAAGGCUUGGUUCUUCAGCUGUGUGUAGAAAGGUGUUUAAUUUAUUUAUUUUUUUCUCUUUAUAAAUGUUUUAGCCUACUGUGGGGAUGAAGGACUGUUUGGUCAUCUGGAUUUGGAAGAAU